AUGCACCAAAUUAAAUUACAUGUUUAUGAUUUGUCACGUGGUAUGGCAAAGUCAAUGUCAUUAGGUUUAACAGGUAAACAAAUUGAUGCAAUUUACCAUACCUCAAUUGUAUGCUAUGGAACUGAAUAUUACUUUGGUGGUGGUAUUUUAAGAGAUAAACCAUUCUGCACACCACAUGGCACACCACAAGAAAUUAUAGAUUUAGGCGAAACUGAAGUCGACCAAGACUUAUUUGAAAAUUUUCUUAGCGGUAUCACAGAUAGAUUUAGAAUGGAUACCUAUCAUUUACUUGAAAAUAAUUGCAACCAUUUUACCAAUGAAUGUAGUAACUUUUUAUUGGGUAAAGGUAUCCCAGACCACAUUGUAAACUUACCAUCAGAUUUCCUCAAAACACCUUUGGGUGCAAUGCUUGGCCCAAUGAUUAAUAACUUUUUUGGUGGCACAGGUACAAAUUCAUGGUCAAAUAGAGUUGGCCCAGUUAAUAGUAAUGCACAACCACCAUCAUUACUAAAUGGCUUCAAUAAUAACAAUAAUUAUAAUAGUUUACCAAGUAAUAUUACAUCGAACACUACAAAUACAAUAACUACAUCAGCUACAACUUCAAACCCAACACUUCAUCCAAAAACAAUUCAAAAUCAUAAACAUACAAAAAUCUCAAUUCCAUUAAUUUUAAACUAUAAACCAGUUUUAUUUGAAAAGAGUGACGUUGACGCAGUAUUUAUCAAACUAGCAAGUUUUGCAAAUGAAGAAUUUAAAGGAAUUUCAGAAAAAAUUAAAGAGUUUGAAAUAAAUUCACCAAAACUUCAACAAAUUAUAAAAUCUACAAAUGAAAAUAUUAUUGUACCAAUAGAACUUUGUAAAUAUUUAGAGCAAUUACUUAAAAGCUUUAGCGAACCACACCAAUUCCCAUUAUUGGAAAUCUUAAGAAUGUUAUUGUUAAAAGACCAACCAAAUAAAUACUUUACAGAUUUAUCCAACGAAACAAUUUCAAAUUUAAUGAAAUCAAUUUUAAAAAAAAAACUAUCAAAAGCAUCUGAAUUAUUAAGCUAUAGAGUUAUUAAUAAUUGUUUUUCAAGUAAAAGUGGUAUUGCCUAUUUAUUCAGCGAUAAUAAUAUCAAUGAUACAUUUGAAUGUGUAAUUGAUGGACUCCAUUCAAAAGAUAAGAUAUUAAAGAGAGCAGUUUCAACCAUUGCCUACAACUGUUCAAUAUAUUUAACAAGCAACUAUAAUGAACAAAACCUAUCAUUAUUAACAGCAGUAUCACAUGUUUUAUCAGAAAUUGACCUAUCAACAGAAGACCCAGAAAUUGUAUUUAGAUUACUAAUGACAGUUGGAACUUUAGUUUACUGCAACGACGAAUCUUUAGAUAUUUUAUCCACUUUGGAAUUUGACUACAAUAAAUACCUCAAAUCACCAGAAGAUAAAAUUAAAAAACUAAUCAAAGAAAUUCAAUUAUUAAAUUAA